AUGGUGCAGUGUAUGAGCUUGGGGUCUGUUCUGGUGUUGGCGGGUCUAGCGUUGUUCAUGGUGGUUCUGCCGUUGUUGCUGCCUCCGCUGCCUCCUCCGCCGUUGAUGCUCUUGUUCUUUCCCAUUGGCAUAAUGGCCGCUCUCAUGUUUCUCGCAUUCUCACCCGCCGAGACAGCCGGAAACGGCGUCGUUCAUUAUUCUGUCUAA